AUGGCACUUCUAUUCAAAGAACAAGGACUCUUUGGAGGUGCGCUCAAGUGUUCUUUUCCUCAAAACUUUUACGAUGCCAGUGAUGUCAGGCCAGUUCCAGACAAUCAAGAAGUGUUUAUGAACAAACAAUGCAACCAAAACAUCAUUUUUGACAUUCUUGAAAGUCCAGCAGCUCAAAAUGACUUAAACGAGCAUCCGGCUACUUUUCAUUUCAAAGAACUUGUUGAGGACCACGAACUGGGAGAUAUUUCGGACGGAAUUGAGGACACCGACUUGUUUCAAAUAGACCCUGAAAACUUCACUAAAGAAUGUAUCGUUGAAAUAUCAACUGUUCGAGGUGUGAAAAAAAGAACACACAGGGACGGAUCUCUUGAAAACAUAAGACUGACCGUCGUUGUAUUUCGUAUCUUGAUUCACAAGACAGACAUUGUGGUUACAUUCAAUGAUUCAGAAUUCGAGAAGGACGGCGAAAGUGAUCAGAAGUGGUCGGGGGAUAAUUUUGUGACCAUUUUGAGAUCUCUCAAACUGAUUGACUCUUCGUUGUUUGUUGAUGAGUAG